GACAGCGCCGGCUGCGCGCCCCUCCCGCCGCCGGGGACGCUGUGGGCGCGGGGCGGCGCCGCGGCGCCGCCGGACGUUGCCGCAGUUGCCUAGCGAGGAGCCGUAAACAAGGGGAGAGGCCCGAGCCGCCCGCCGCGGCCCCCUGCCCCGCGGCCCGGCGGCCCCGGGAAGCGCUCGGCGGCGUCGCGGAGCCGGGGGGCCGCCCGGAGCGCCGCGGCUGCCUGCGCGGGGGCCGCCCGGGACCGGCGUCUGUCCCCGUCCUCCGCCAGGUUGGUCGGGAGCAAAAGGCGCCUGGGCCUGUCGGAAACGUGCGAGCCCGACCUCGGAGUGCUGCUGUCAGCUCCGAGCCUUGCCGGCGCGUCUGCUGCGCCUUAACAACCGACGGCGGGCGUUAGACGGCACCGAGGCGCUUCUGUAGCGUGCGUCUGCUUCAGAGUCUCCCGUUUUAUGGUGGUGGUUUAUGAAACAGCAAACAGUAUUUCUCUCUCUCUCUUUCUUUCUGUGCGUGACUUGUUUUAAACUGUUUUUGUUUGACGUGUAAUUUUGAAAAGGCAGAAUGUCAGCGUUUGAAAGAAGCACAUGCCUGUGGAUACAAAGGAUGCUACCUGGAUAAGUAAAAACAGAAAACGACCAAGAUGUGUUUUAAAUUUUUAGUAAAUUUAAAUAGUGGUUUCUGAUCACCAUAUCUGUUAUGAUAUGAGGCUUAUUUCAGCCUCACACUUUUGCUUUUCUCUGAUUCUACUCAGUUAAUAGGGUUUUUCUGUUUUCAAUUUCCAGAGUUUCUCAACUCUGAAUGCACAAGUCCUCAAACAACCUAAAUGGAAUAAAAUAAUAUGCAAAAGCUCAUUUCUCUGCAACCACAAAAGAAUGUUUAAAGCCGGCUGUAUCUUUAACAAACCUGAAUUUCAGGUGUUUAGCUGAGGAGUUCUGCCAGUUCCGUAAUACAGCUUUUGUGAAAGCAAUAUGUAGGAGUUUAGCAAGCAGGGAGUUCGGCAAACUUUCCCUUGUGUUGCAAGUAUACUUACGAGUGAAAAGAAAUGAUAUGGUUGAGAUCCAGCAGCACUUGGUACCUGUGAGGGUUUGUGAAUGUUCUUGAAAUCAAGCUUUCUUUAAAGCUGUCUGUUUAUGGUGUUGGUACUGUGUAGUGCCUACAUUGUAAGAACAAUUAUGCAGGGAGUAUUAAAAGGAACUGCAGUUGCUAACAUAUAUAAUUAAUAGAAAUUAUGUACUUAAACAGGCAGAUUAAAAUCAGAAGAAUAUGUGCAAUGAUUAGAUGUAUUUAAAAUCACAUUUGUUCUGUAGGCAACACAACUGCUUGCUUUGUGCUUGUUGAGUUCGAACUGCUUGGCCUUUCUUAAGUAGAAGAGAGUUUUUAAAGUGUGUAUAUGUGUAUGUACAUACAGUUUUGGGAGAAAAAUGUUUUCUUUCAUUGAUUUCUGCUGCCCGUUCAGCAUGAAUGCUACUAUAGGAAAAUAAGUGUAUUCGUUUAGGCAUAUGCUCUAUCAACAAAGUUUGUUAAUAAACUCUUAUGGUGCUGUUGUUUCACAUGACUAUAUUAUGUUCAUAUAGAAGCUGUGGUGACUCUCGGACUUCAGGUGAAGUCUAUCUUAGAAACUAAUGGAGGUAAAAUUAGUUUAUAAAUUCAUAUAACAGUUAUUAAUGUAGCUGAUUUUAUACCACAGUUACUUUUCAGAGUGUAAUUGUGCUCAUGUUUUUUUUUUUUUUUUUUUUUUUUUUAGAAAACUCUUCAACUUUGUAUUUCAGCAGGAAAUUAAUCUUUAACUCAGAAAACUUUUUUUUUUUCCUUAGUUACAGACAAUUGAGAAUGAGGUGAAGACAGGAAUCAUAACAGAUUCCUUAAUGGUUCCCUGAAUACAGAGUGGGGAACACAGAGAUGGAGUCUGGUAUGGAGGAGAUCCCAGUUAAAGUUGCAGUAAGGAUCAGGCCUCUGCUUUCUAAGGAAGUUCUUCAUAAUCAUCAAGUGUGUGUGAGACUAGUCCCAAAUACACAACAGAUUAUCAUCGGAAAAGAUCGUGUCUUCACUUUUGAUUUUGUAUUUGGCAAAAAUUCAACUCAAGAAGAAGUAUAUACAACUUGUAUUAAGCCUCUCGUAGUGUCUUUGACUGAGGGAUAUAAUGCUACAGUAUUUGCCUAUGGACAGACAGGUUCUGGGAAGACUUACACCAUUGGAGGAGGUCACAUUGCAUCAGUUGCAGAGGAUGAAAAAGGCAUAAUCCCACGGGCUAUUCAGGAGUUAUUUCAGCAUAUCUCUGAAAACCAUAACAUUGAUUUCAGUGUGAAAGUGUCAUAUAUAGAGGUUUACAAGGAAGAACUUCGAGAUUUAUUGGAAUUGGAGACUUCUGUGAGAGAUUUACAUAUCCGAGAAGAUGAAAAGGGCAAUACAGUGAUUGUUGGUGCCAAGGAAUACCAAGUUGAAUGUGCAGAUGAAGUGAUUAGCCUGUUGGAAGGUGGCAAUGCAGCUCGUCACACAGGUACGACACAGAUGAAUGAGCACUCCAGUCGAUCUCAUGCCAUUUUUACCAUCAGCAUUUGUCAGAAACAGUCUGCAGAGUCUCAAAAAAAUACUGAUGCUGCACAAGGUUCAUGUUGGAAAUCAGUCCGGAUGAUUGCUUCAAAGUUCCAUUUUGUGGAUUUGGCAGGUUCAGAGAGGGUAACAAAGACUGGAAAUACUGGUGAACGGUUCAAAGAAUCCAUUCAGAUCAACAGUGGUUUGUUAGCCUUGGGAAAUGUCAUCAGUGCACUUGGAGACCCAAAGAGGAAAAGUGUACAUAUUCCAUACAGAGACGCUAAAAUCACUCGUAUUCUGAAAGACUCCCUAGGAGGAAAUGCCAAGACUGUCAUGAUAACAUGUAUAAGUCCAUCCUCAUCAGAUUUUGAUGAAUCUUUGAAUUCUCUCAAAUAUGCCAACAGAGCCAAAAAUAUUAGAAAUAAACCCGUUGUAAACUAUAACCCUGAUCAAGACCGGAUUGAUGAAAUGGAGCUUGAAAUCAGAUUGCUUCGAGAAGCUUUGCAGAAUCAGCAAGUUAGUAAUCAUGCUAAUCAGGGUUCACAAGACUUGAAUCAAGGAAGGACUCGAAUAAGUUCGCUUGAAGAGCGGCUCAGCCAGCUUCAGGUCGAGUGCUUCCGCUAUAGAAAUUGCCUAGAUGAAGUCUUCCCAUUCCUGGUUGAUUUGAAGGAUGGUGUUAGCUUAAAAAGAAGUCAGGAGGACAGGUUGCAGAGCUGGAUCAGCAUGGUACAGGAAGUUAAGAAGGAAGCACUCACCGUGCAGCGGAUUGAUACUGGGCCUGGAAGCAACCAAGAAGAGCCCCAUCACAUCACAAUUCUUCAGCUAAAGAGGGAACUAAAAAAAUGCCAGGCUCUACUUACGGAUGAAGAAGUAUUUAGCCAGAAGGACCAUGAGCUGAAGGUACUGCAGGAUCAAAUAAAGACAUUAAUACAGGAAAAUGAAGAGCAACAGGAAGCUUUAAAGGAAGCUCAAGAAACAAACAGAUCACAGAAUGAGAAAAUGGUGGAACAGCAAAUCCUUAUUGAUCAGCUAAAAGAAAAAUUAGAGAAGUUUACUGUUACGAAAAUUUCAGACUUCCCAAGUGCUUGUGGAGAUGAGCCAGCUGUUGCAGCAUCUGCAAGGAGGCCAUACAGUGUCCCACUCACAAAGAGUCUACUACGGUCCCUUCAGCCACCUUCAGGGAGAGAGACCCGAAAGGUGUAUACCAGUCCCCCUGCCUACUCCCUGGCCCGGGUGAUGGCAGGAUUCCGUGCUCGCAGCCAGACGAUGCUGAGCUACAUAGAAGAUCAGGAUGAAGUACUUCAUUGUCAUCUAUCUGAUCAUAGCGAUGAAGAGGAAGGAAAUACAGAGAGUAAAAAGAAAAGCUCAUUUAAGCGUUCUAUAAACCGCACGUGGACGCGAAAACAGGCUUCUCUCUGCUUUCCCCUUAACCUAAGUGAUAUGAAGUGUCAAGUAGACAAGUCUGGUUUUUACAACAAAUCUGCGCUACCGACUGACACAAUCACAGGUGAAGAGAUGGACAGCCUCCGGAAGAGUCAUGUUUUUAACAUACAGAAAUUAAAGAAUGCAGAAUUGAGACUCACUGAGGCCAAGCAAAAAAUGAGAGAACUUGCACUUAACAUCAAAAUGAAGGAGGAACUUAUUAAGGAAUUAAUAAAAACAGGUAAGGAUGCUCAGUCUGUAAGCAGGCAAUAUUCUUUGAAAAUAACUAAACUGGAGCAAGAAUCUGAGCAGGCCAAAAUGGAACUCGCUGAAACACAAAAGCAGCUUCAGGAGUUGGAGAGUAAGGAGCUGAGAGACAUUGCUGAGAAAGCCAAGUUACAGAAAGAGUUUCGGAAGAAGAUGGAUGCAGCUAAGUUGAAAGUGCAGACCUUACAGAAGAAGAAGCAGGACACUAAGACCCUGGUUUCAUUAUCUAACCAAAGUGAGAGACGAGCAACAGAACUUGAGCAGAAUGUGGCUCAGAUGAAGCAUCAGCAGACUCAGCUACAGAAAAGACUGCGUGAGGAGACUGAGAAAAAGAAACUCCUAGAGGCAGAGAUUCAGCGGGACCAACAACAAAUUAAAGACCUUCAGCUAAAGAUGGAGCAACAGCAGAAGAUUCUUAAACUUAAAGAUGAAGAGAUUGCUGCAUUUAAAAAGAAGAAAAAUAACUCAGCAGGAACUUUACAGAAGCUGCAGAAAUUAGAAGACCAAAAGAAAUGGCUGGAUGAGGAAAUGGAAAGAAUUCUUCAACAGCACCAACAGUUAACAGAACUAGAAGAAGAUUUAAAGAAAAGAGAGGCCAUUGUAACCAAGAAGGAAGCUUUAUUACAAGAGAAAAGCCACCUUGAAAUCAAGAAACUAAGAUCUAGCCAGGCUUUAAACAAAGAUAGUGUGAAAUUAUCUACUCGCUUAAGUAUGCUGGAUCAGGAACUCAGUGAUAAAGGUAUGCAGCUUCAAGACAGCACCACUGAAGACAAGAGAGACAUUUUGGAAAAAAUUCAGGUUCUACAGAAGGAAAGAGAUCAGCUGCUCAGAAGAAGAAACAGUGUGGAUGAGAAACUUAAAGAUGGUAAAGUGUUAUCAGCUGAAGAAGAGCAUGUCCUUUUCCAGCUGGAAGAAGGAAUUGAAGCCUUGGAGGCUGCCAUUGAGUACAAGAAUGAAAGUAUUCAGAGUCGCCAGCACUUGCUUAGGUCCUCUUCUCAGAUUCUCUCACAGAGUGAGGAUAAUAUAAUAGGAAAGCUAGUUUCCCUGUCUGCUGCUGAGCUCAGAGCUAUCCUCUUGAAAUAUUUCAACAAGAUUGUUGGCCUGCGUGAGUCUAAACAUAAAUUACAACUGCAGACUGAAGAACAGGAAAUGAAGGUCAUAGACCAAGAAAACGCAAUACGUGAAUUAGAAUCUGCACUUGAACACAUCAAGCUGCAGUGUGACAGACAGCUGACCCUACAGCACAAAGAACAUGAGCAAAAGCUACAGUUAAUACUGCAUCAUUUCAAAGAACAAGAUGGUGAAGGUAUUGCAGAAACCUUGAAAGGGUAUGAAGUAAAAGUUCAGCAACUGGAAAAAGACUUGUUUUUCUAUAAGAAAACCAGCAGAGAACUGAAGAAAAAAUUGAAGGAGCUCAUUGGAGAUUCAUCCCACCAAUUAUUGGCACCCACUAAAUAUCACGGUAUUGGUAACAAGGCACUCGGUAAAAAUGAAGCAGAAGUUGCUUCCGAAGAAUUCAAGUGGACAUCUAACCCUGAAACCAAUAGUCAACCUGGGAAGAUAAAAGAAACAGACAGAACAAAUGCUUUAAGAGCACGGCUGAAUUCAUGCAAGCUUGGAGAAGACAUUUCAGAAGCUGGAUGUAACAAAAUGUGUUUGUCAAGCAGUAGUGAUGACAAAACAGGAACAGAUGAAGCACAGCCUUCAAAAUCUCAUCCUCAGCUACUUUCUGCCAACCAGAGGAGAGAGACCAUAACACAGUUUCAAGGAGUAACUCCAAUAAAACUGUCUCGCCGAGAACUACGUCAUAUCCCUCCUUCUGAAUUAUCUUUGAGGCGUUCAAGUCUUGGGGUUGGUAUCGGUUUUAUUGCUCCAGACUCCAUUGAAAUGGACAAAAAGUCUAGUGUCGCUAAGAUAUAGUUACUCUUCAUUGCAUUUUUAAUAGCACUUGCUACUUGAACAAUCGUAUGAGAUUUCUUUGUUCAUGCCCCUGUUAACUAGCAAUCAUGGAUGAAUGAGUAAGUGUUCUUUAGUUAUUAUACACACUAUCAAAUUAUUAGGUGUUUGCUGUGCUCACAUGGUUUCUGUGAAUCUGAGAUGCAUUUUAAUUGGCACAGUAUCUACAGGUGUAUCAUAAAAAUGCCUUUUAACCUUAAGGAAAUUAUUUGUAUUGGUUGGGGAGUUUUUUGCAGCAACUUCAAAAAAUGUAUAUAUUUUCCAAAAAUUGCACUGUGUAAUUUAGGUUUUCUGGAAUUAAAUUUUAUUUCACUUUCUUGGGUCAGAAAUUAUAACAAACUAUUUAAUUUAUUUGCAUAUAUAGCUAGAAAAUGUAGUUGCCAGACUGUCACUUAGUAUUAGUAAUGACUGACUUCUGUAUCUUUGCUUUUUGUUUUUUUUAAUAAUAGAUUUUAUGCAAAACAUGACAUGCUUGAAAUCAAAAUUGGUAUCUAAAGCUAAACUUGUUCCUGAAAAGGAGCAUAAAGUACUUACUUUUUUUUAACAGUAUUUAAUUACUCUUAUUUAUGAGUCUUACUGUGUGCGCCAAAAGUCUUAAAAUUAUUUAAUAGUUUUUUUUACAAAAUAAACUUUUCAUGCAAAAUAAGUGUUAUGUCUUAUUUGUGAAAUUAGGACAAUUACUUAUUUCACUUUUUUGUUUGCUGGAGUUUUUCUGAGGGUAGGAAUUGCACUUAGGCAACCCCAAAGCAUAAUGUUUAUUUCUGUACUAAUACAAGAGGAAAAUACAGGACCAAUUCAGCAUCUUUUAGGUGAGCCAAGUGGAGGAAUGUAUUAUUCUUUUCUUUGUACUAAUUAUUCAUGUCCUUUUACUUAAAAUAAAUACAAAUUAUUCUCUUGGGUUGCGUAUCUGUUUCAGAGCAAAUACUACAGGUAUCUCUUGGUUUAUUGUUACAUUGCUGUUGCUAAUCAGUUCAGGACGAAAAGCGAUCUUUUUGUAAGAGGACAGUGAUCGCUGAGAAGGAUAAGCUAAUUAGUAGCUGUACAAACUUGAAGACAGAGUCCAGAAUGUCCAAACUCAUUUGAGUUUAACCCUUCUAUCCAUAAUUGUCUCCUAUGCAAAAAGUUGCCUGAUUUUUUCGGGAGAUAAUUGCCUCAUUUGAAAGUAAGGUUAGUUUUAUUUUAGCGGUGGACUAAGCAGUCAUGUUUGAAAAUAAUGUCUUGGAUUACUAGAUGUACUUAGCAGAGGAAAUUUUCAUAUUGUGAACUAAGACUGCUUUCUGAUAUUAUCUAGGCAAGGCCUUGUGUAUAGAGUGUGUGGCUGUAGAUUUACAAGAACUGCAUUUUUCCAUGCUGCAAGCACAGAACGAAUUUGCGCGUAUCAAGAGAUCUUGUUACAACAUGAUCCAUGGGCCUAUUGUCUUGUGGUACACUUUAAUAUUUUGAGUAGACUGCAAAGUAUUUUAUAAUAGGAUUGUUAAACCACUUUACCUGUCAAACAAUUGUAUCUUUCACAAUUACACUUAAUUAUUCCCUGUUAUUUAGCUGAAGUAUGAGAUAAGGAUUUAGGGUCUUUUUGUUUGAAUAUCUUUUUUUACUGUGAUGUAAGUAACAAGCGUGAAUUCUACUAAAAUUAAGUUUAAUAUUACUGUAUUUAUUAUUCACUUAAUGUUUGUAGUCAGAAAACAAUAAACAAGUAAAUGUA